AUCUCUUUUCGUCUUGUUUUGGUUUGCUGGAUGUGAGGCCACGCGUUCUGCUCCGCUAUACCCGGUUGUAGCGGGAACGGUUCUCCCAUGAGGUGGGGGAGCGGGUGUGUUUACUCGUUAGACGCAAACUGAAGUGCCGUGGUCAUGGCCGGGGUUUUCGACAUCGAUUUGGAUCAACCGGAUGAGAAAGUCUCUGACGACGAACUUGAGGACGGGGGCCAGCUCAGUGAGUACAUGGACCAGUGCACUGGCUUUGACUUUAACAUGGAUGACUGUGAGAAGUUUGAAAUUUCAGAGAACAGCGUGAACAAGGGAACAGAGCAGAUCAGGCCUGAAUGCUUUGAGCUGCUGAAAGUUUUGGGAAAAGGUGGCUAUGGAAAGGUGUUUCAAGUUCGAAAGGUAUCUGGUGCAACGUCUGGGAAGAUCUUUGCAAUGAAAGUUUUGAAGAAGGCCAUGAUCGUACGUAAUGCUAAGGACACAGCACACACCAAAGCUGAGAGGAACAUCCUGGAGGAGGUGAAGCAUCCUUUUAUUGUGGACCUUAUCUAUGCCUUCCAGACAGGUGGAAAGUUGUACCUCAUUCUGGAGUAUCUGAGCGGAGGAGAGCUGUUCAUGCAACUGGAAAGAGAGGGCAUCUUUAUGGAAGACACAGCAUGUUUUUACCUGGCUGAGAUCUCGAUGGCACUGGGUCACUUGCACCAGAAGGGCAUCAUCUACAGAGACCUGAAACCUGAGAACAUCAUGCUCAACAACAACGGGCAUGUGAAGUUGACAGACUUUGGUCUAUGCAAAGAGUCCAUCCAUGACGGAACAGUCACCCACACCUUCUGUGGAACUAUUGAAUACAUGGCUCCAGAGAUCCUAAUGAGGAGUGGACACAACCGGGCAGUGGACUGGUGGAGUCUGGGAGCUCUCAUGUAUGACAUGCUAACAGGCGCACCACCAUUCACUGGGGAAAACCGAAAGAAGACAAUUGACAAAAUCUUGAAAUGCAAACUUAAUCUCCCACCUUACCUCACACAAGAAGCCAGGGACCUUCUGAAAAAGCUGCUGAAACGAAACGCCUCAAUGAGACUCGGAGCUGGACCUGGUGAUGCUGCUGAGGUCCAGGCUCACGCGUUCUUCCGACACAUAAAUUGGGAUGACCUCCUUGCUCGCAAAGUAGAGCCUCCAUUUAAACCUUUCCUGCAAUCGGCUGAUGACGUCAGCCAGUUUGACUCCAAGUUCACCAGCCAGACUCCAGUAGACAGCCCUGAUGACUCCACACUCAGUGAAAGUGCCAAUCAAAUCUUCCUGGGUUUCACAUAUGUAGCCCCAUCUGUGCUGGAAAACGUCAAAGAGAAGUUCUCGUUCGAACCCAAAGUCCGCUCACCACGGAAGUUCCCAGGAAGCCCAAGAACACCUGUGAGUCCGGUGAAGUUUGCGAGAGGAGACUGUUGGCCCAGGGGACCCACACUGAUGGGCAGCUCAUCCCUGCUGUCACCAGCCUCUGGAGAGCAACAGAUGGACGGUUCCGCUGUGGAGCAAAUGGACACGAGCAGCAGCAGCGGCGCCUCCGAGGCCUCUGCACCACUUCCCAUCAGGCACCCUUCAGGCAUGAAUGCUGGGCUUUACAAGAAGCAGGCCUACCCCAUGAACUCCAAGCGACCUGAACAUCUACGCAUGAAUCUAUGACGCUUGGCUUUCCUGCGAACAUUAGGAUUCCUUCCAAUUUCCCCUUCCCUUUAACCUUUUUUUUCUUUUCUUUUUUUAAAGACUUGUAGAAAUUUUAAAAAUUGACUGAUGCUGUCAACGCCGAUCACCAGCUCUUCCAGCAGCGCCUUCUUCUCUUUGGCCUACGAUAUUCACCGAUUCAGCUUGACCUCCUCAGCCUGUCACAGAUAAUCAGCUGUUACCUUAUGCUGCUUUUCCACUACAUGGUCCCGCCGUCACCUCAGCAUGGGCGGAGUCAUCACAGCAGCCGUGACUUCGUUUUAUACACGAGACACACAAACUAGUGACUUGUAAAGCAAUUGUUUACGAUUUUCUGAAUCAUUAGAAUCCGUUAAUUAAAAAGAUUAGUUCAGCUGUUCCUGCAUGACCGGGGUACAGACUCCGUCUGACACAGUCACAGUACUAAAAUACAGCGGUAGGGUUUGUGAUGCGGCUCGUCGCUCUUGAUCGCUGGCUUUCAGCAGUGCUGUUGCUAAAGAUUCGCCUGUUAAAUAUUGAGAUUUUAGACAUUUCUGUCUAAGUCUUUUUAACUGAUCUACAGUUCGGCAUUGUUCGGUUUGAUUCUAGUGUGGGACGUCAUGCUCCUGCCUCUUCCAGUGACGGCACACGUAAUAUUGCCUCAUGCUCGCUUGGAAACUCGCCAGAGCAGGUACUGAAAAAAGAACCAGGUACUAUCGCUAAUGGAAACGCAAAAUAGCUGUGCAGAGGCGAGGCGAGUCACGCUGGGACCAUGUAGUGGAAAAGCCCGUUAGUCUUCACAUGUCUGUUAAAAAGGCAGGUUUCUGUGAUAGAUGAAUCAUUUCUGAAUUUUUUUCUAACCUAAGUAUGAACUAUACCCUCAUGUAAAUGUGAAACUCAAAUUGAAACCAUUUAGGUAAAAUAACAUAAUACAUACAGUAAGUCAGUGUUUAUACCCUCUAAUAAUUGCUUCUGAAGCACUGAUGAGUGAAAGAUAUGGAGUGGGAAAUCUCUGGGAUGACCCGAAGAGGACAGUGCAGAGGAGACACCCCCUACAAUCUGACAGCUGACAGACCGCAAACCAAAAAUAGACUGAGUGCUCUACUUAAAAUCAAAAGGUUACCUCAACACAGUUUUUUUUUCCACCCAGGUUAUUAUCAGGUGUAUUUUCUUUUGUUCCUAAAUGGCUUCAGUUUGUUUCUCACUUGGAUGUUUACAGGUUGUAGAUCACAUUAUAGAUUUUGAAAAUCACAAAAAUCUGCCACAUGGUUUGACAGGCUUGGUGUUGCGAGAGAGGAAUUACGCAGCCAACAUGUCUGUUGACAUCAAGUUGAGUAAUUCCAGCAAAUGAGGGUGCUGGGUCUGUUUCAGUGUGAUAUACUGGCAUUAUAAUAUGUAUUACUGGUGCUCUUCUAUCCUCAUGUCUGGACAAUGUUACCUUUUAGUGUUUAUGACUUGUUGCCUCCACCACAAGAGAUUUGGGUUCUAUGGGCUUUUAUUGUUUUCCUCAACAUGCCAGAUUUAUUUUUGUUUAAUGACCACCCUGUGAUAAGAAUUUACAGUUUAGAUUAAGUAAAAUAACGACAUAAAAAUUCCAGUGAACACAAGCAUUCCUGUAUGUUUGAGGAAGAAAAUCACUUUGCCUUUGGAGGUCUUCUACCGCUACCGAUUACAAAUUCUGGCAACGCUUUUUUAUUUUUGCAGAAUGGAAGGUCUCCUGUAGUUAGCCUGUCCAGAAGCACUGUACAGUUACUUUGAGCUGAAUGUAAACACACUUUUAAUGCCUUUUAACACGUUAAGUUGCGAUUCAGCUUAAUUUUUACCUCCAGUACAGAUGCAGCCUUGUCACAGUCACAGAGACCAACGGUCACUGACACAGAAUAGGUCUGGUUAGAUUUAUAUCACUGCCUUUUACUUGAGGAUGCGUUCAUGUCUUCUGUUUCUCACGUGUGCUCUUUGUGCCCAGACACUAGUCACACAGCUGUCUGUCAUGGUGUUAAACCCAGACUCAUGAGUGAAACAGCUUCUAAGAUGUUUUUUAAAUGAUAUGUUUGACCUGUUCGUGCUACAUCCUAAACAAGUUUGCAGCCUAAACACCGUAUCCGAUGUAGUUAUAGAAAUUGAAAAUUAAACACAUGGAGAGGAGUCUCUUGCAUUUUAAAUACUUGAUGUUUUCAAUUGACCGAUGAAACUGUUAUUGAACCAAAUGAUUUUUGUCUCGACAGAAGGUUCAAAAGUAAACCUGUUUUUUCCUCAUACGUUCUUCAUCAUAUGUUAUUUUCCCACAUUGAAACUGGGAUACAUUUUAAUGUUUCAUUAGGUUAUAGUCCAUAUUUUUUCUACAUAGGUGUUAAGUUUUAAUAUUCAUAUUCAUUAUGUUACGCACAAGUGAUUUAUCUUGUUGCUCAUUCCAUUUUUUUAUUCCAUUUGGUUUCUUUGUUUAUAUUUAUUUAAAGCACCCGUUUACCACUACAUUUUUCAUAUUAUGCUAUCUAGUAUUUAUUAUGUUGCAGAUUAUGUGGUCAUCUUAUUUUGCAUUUUUAUUUUUGGAAUAUUUUGCAAGCAUGUAGAGUAUGAUUUUCUUUCUUACAGCAACUUCAGAAGCAGCUUUUUUUUAUUCUUAAAUUGAGGAUGUUGACAAUGUUUUACAGUAUUUAUUGUUAAUCAUCAUUUGGGGUUUUCUUGCUAGACUUUUUGCAGUGCUUACCAUGAGAGCUGUUUAUUGUGGAUAAAACUGAUGCAAAAACCAAUGAGAUUAGCGUUGUGCCUUUUAAGUACACUGUGUAUGUGGAUACAGUAUGCUGUAUAUUGUGUUUGUGGAAAAGGCUGAAAGUUGAUCCAUAAAGUUCACAUACUGUUAGAUCUCAA